AUGAACGGAGUUGACUACAAACGCUUCGUGCGUUAUUUUUACGACCCUCCGCCCAAGUAUGAUGACAUGUCCGGUACUCCAGUGUGGCUACUAGGAGAGGAAUACAAAUCCACACCACCAAAGCCUGUUAGUACCACGGAUCAUGAUGAUGUCGUUGAGGUCGAGUCAUCGAACGAGUCCCACGACCCUUCAGAUAUCAGCGAGUCCACGGCAGCCGAGAUACAGCCCCAACAAACACAAAACACUAGCAGUGGCAGUUUCGAUGAUGCACAACAUGUCUCCGGUAACGAUUUACCUUCGUUAUCAAAUGAUCCUGCCGAUGGUGGGUGGCCACAUGCCUUUUUAGAUGACUUCGAGUCUCGAAUAUGGAUGACCUAUCGAUCCAAUUUCACUCUUAUCCCCCGUUCACAAGAUCCUUCCUCAGGCUCCUCGAUGUCAUUCUCCGUGCGACUUCGCAAUUUGACUGAAAGAGAAGGGUUCAGCAGCGACACAGGUUGGGGAUGCAUGAUUCGGUCAGGACAAUCACUACUGGCCAACGCUUUAAUCAUGAUACAACUCGGUCGUGAAUGGAGGCGGCCCCAAGCGAUUACAGCUCCAUCUGCAAACACUUCCACCCCAGCCUCCUCGCAAUCUGAAGCCCACAUUCUCUCGCUCUUUGCCGACUCCCCCGACGCCCCCUUCUCUAUUCAUCGAUUUGUCCAGCACGGUGCAUCCGCGUGCGGAAAGCAUCCUGGGCAGUGGUUUGGCCCAUCAGCCACGGCCUCUUGUAUCAAGGAACUCUCCGCAGAAUGUGCUGCGGCAGGUUUACGUGUAUAUGUGACACCGUCGGCAUCGGAAGUCUACGAAGAUCGUUUCCGCACUAUUGCGGCCACAAGCGCAACCGAUGCAACCAUCAAGCCGACGCUCAUUCUUCUGGGUAUAAGGCUCGGGCUUGACAGAAUCACACCUGUGUACCAUGAAGCUCUCAAGAGCUCUCUCAAAUACCCACAAUCAAUUGGCAUAGCAGGUGGACGCCCCUCAUCCUCCCACUACUUCAUUGGGUGCCAAGGGGACAUGUUCUUCUACCUUGACCCCCACGAGACCCGCGCCUCUCUCCCAUUCCACGCCAAUGCAUCAGAAUACACAGAAGAAGAGAUCGCAACCUGCCACACACGUCGGCUGCGAGGCCUACGGAUUUCAGAAAUGGAUCCGAGUAUGUUGAUCGGAUUCUUGAUCAAGGAUGAGGCAGACUGGGAGGACUGGAAGCGGAGGCUGAAGGAAGUCAAGGGCAAGGCUAUCGUCAACGUAUAUGACAAAGAACCACCGGUACCUGGAGAGACGAAGGAAAGGAAAGAAGCCGUCGAUGAAGUGGAAACAUUUGACGAUGAAGACGAAGAUGAUGAGACCGUCACGGUCACAGGUAAGGAAGAGGCCGAGGCCAAAGCUGAGGUACUAGGUCCGGUCUCUGAUGCACCUGCUGCGGUCACCUCUGGCUCCGCCCAAGCACCCGCUAUACCUCCAGCCACGGAGAUGAAGACGUGA